CAAAAAUAUCGUAUUCAAACGUAACAAACAUAUGAAAUACUAGGAAUAAAAUUCGUCAAAUUCCGGGUGAUCCUUCUUCUUGUCAGUCAUUUUUCUAAGCAGAUCGCAGUAAAUCGAGAUGGUGGAAGGAGAGGCUAUUCGAGCCGUGGUGAUUGACAAUGGUUCCAGAAGUGUGAAGGCCGGCUUUGGUGGUGAAGAAGCGCCGAGGGCAGUGUUCCCGAGCAUUGUAGGGCGGGACGGGGAGGAUGUUUAUGUAGGGGAUGAAGCUGAGUCGAAACGAGGUCUUGUCACGUUGAAUUACCCCAUCCAGCGUGGCAUAGUGCGCGACUGGGACGACAUGGAGAAGAUCUGGCACCACACGUUCCACAACGAGCUUCGUGCUGCUCCUGACGAACACCCUGUUCUGCUUACCGAGGCACCUUUUAAUUCUAUGGCUAAUAGAGAGAAAAUGACUCAAAUCAUGUUCGAGACCUUCAACGUCCCGGCCUUGUACGUUGCUAAACAGGCCGUCCUCGCACUUCAUGCUACUGGUCGCACCACAGGUAUGGUGCUAGACUGUGGUGAAGGUGUGAGCCACGCGGUUCCUAUAUACGACGAUUAUGCGCUUCCCCAAGCUAUAUUGAGGCUGAAUCUCGGUGGUCGUGAUCUCGAUGACUAUCUCACGAGCCACACAUCCGCUGCGCCAGAAAUUGUGCGCGAUGUGAAGGAGAAGCUCGCGUACAUUGCACUUGAUUUCGAGGAGGAAACAAAAGCACCAGUUGAGAAGAGUUAUGAGCUUCCGGAUGGUGAGGUGGUGAUGAUUGGUGCUGAGAGGUUCGGGUGCCCGGAGGCGCUGUUCCAGCCUGCGUUGAUUGGAAAGGAAGAUGUUGUUGGAAUCCACGAAAUGACCUACGACUCCAUCAUGAAAUGUGACAUAGAUAUCAGGAAGGAUCUCUAUGGACACAUCCUUCUUAGCGGCGGAUCAACCAUGUUCCCUGGCUUCGCGGACAGGAUGAGCAAGGAGAUGAAGGCUCUUGCUCCGAGCAGCAUGGAGAUCAAGGUGGUCGCGCCCCCUGAGAGGAUGUAUAGCGUCUGGAAGGGAGGAUCCAUCCUAGCAUCUACUCCACGGCCUGAGAUGUGGAUAACAAAGGCAGAAUACGAGGAGUUGGGUGCUAAGAUUGUUCACAAGAAGUGCUACUAAUUAAGGCUUUUAUAAGUUCUGGUUUGGAAUGGUAAGAAUAGAACGAAGAUACGAAUGGAAUGUUAAUUUCUUUAAUUUUUUUGUUUGUGCAUUUUCCUUUGGAUUUGGAGCAACCUUAAAUCCUUAGGCUUGGCCAGUGGUCACAUUUAUGAGAUACCUAAUAAUCGCUGAUGAAUAUGUAAUUACCAAAAAAAUAAAGGGCUUCCAAAGUCUCCUAAUGUUACAAGAUUUAUGAAA